AUCCUAUGCUGCUCCGCCGCCCGCCCACCCACCCACUAAUAAGACAUAACGCCGUCCUAUUUUUGGUAACAAUUAAAGGGCCUCCCGGUGAAAGCAGAAAGCUGUUUAUUUUCUGUCACAUCAGUUCGCUUGCCUUCGAAGCCUGGUCCGUGCUCAGUGUUCUCUGUGAUGUGAGUCGGCUCUCUUCCCCCGGCAGUUGGCUCACUCCGACCGCACAGCACCUCACAGGUCUUCCCCGGAGCAGUGCACUCACUGCCUGAACGAGGAACAGCUCACGAAUCAGCUGGAGGUCCCUGUUUGGAAAAGGCAGAUACAGAAGCAGAGAAGGGUGGACUCCUGUGUGUGACCUGUUCUUAGAGCAAGACAAUCAGCAGCUGAAUUCCAGAAGCUCUGUUCAUGUGUGGGGAUAUUCUCUCGACUGCAUGGAAUCAGCAAGAAGCAGAAGGAUGGGAAAUGCCUGCAUCCCUCUGAAAAGAAUUGCCUGUUUCCUAUGCCUCUUUUCUGUGGUUUUGCUGACUGAGGGGAAGAAACCGGCGAAGCCAAAAUGCCCUGCCGUGUGUACUUGUACCAAAGAUAACGCUUUAUGUGAGAAUGCGAGAUCCAUUCCACGCACCGUUCCUCCUGAUGUUAUCUCACUAUCCUUUGUGAGAUCUGGUUUUACUGAAAUCUCAGAAGGGAGUUUUUUAUUCACACCAUCGCUGCAGCUCUUGCUAUUCACGUCCAACUCCUUUGAUGUGAUCAGUGAUGAUGCUUUUAUUGGCCUUCCACACCUAGAAUAUUUAUUCAUAGAGAACAACAAUAUCAAGUCCAUUUCAAGACACACUUUCCGGGGACUCAAGUCUUUAAUUCAUCUGAGUCUUGCAAACAACAAUCUCCAGACACUCCCAAAAGACAUUUUCAAAGGCCUGGAUUCCUUAACAAAUGUGGACCUGAGAGGGAACUCAUUUAACUGUGACUGUAAACUGAAGUGGCUGGUGGAAUGGCUCGGCCACACCAAUGCAACUGUGGAAGACAUCUACUGUGAAGGGCCCCCGGAAUACAAGAAGCGCAAAAUCAAUAGCCUCUCCCCCAAGGAUUUUGACUGCAUCAUUACAGAAUUUGCAAAAUCUCAAGACCUGCCUUAUCAGUCACUGUCCAUAGAUACCUUUUCUUAUUUGAAUGAUGAAUAUGUAGUCAUUGCUCAGCCUUUUACUGGAAAAUGCAUUUUCCUGGAAUGGGACCAUGUAGAGAAGACCUUCCGGAAUUACGACAACAUCACAGGCACGUCCACCGUGGUGUGCAAGCCCAUAGUCAUUGACACUCAGCUCUAUGUCAUUGUGGCCCAGCUGUUUGGUGGCUCCCAUAUCUAUAAGCGAGAUGGCUUUGCAAACAAAUUCAUAAAAAUCCAAGAUAUUGAAGUUCUCAAAAUCCGAAAACCCAAUGACAUCGAAACGUUCAAGAUUGAAAACAACUGGUACUUUGUUGUUGCUGACAGUUCCAAAGCUGGGUUUACUACCAUUUACAAAUGGAAUGGAAACGGAUUCUACUCCCACCAGUCCCUACACGCCUGGUACAGGGAUACUGACGUGGAAUACCUAGAAAUAGCCAGAACACCACUGACCCUCAGAACCCCACAUUUAAUCCUGUCCAGUAGUUCCCAGCGCCCUGUUAUUUACCAGUGGAGCAAAGCAACACAGUUAUUCACCAACCAAACUGACAUUCCCAACAUGGAGGAUGUGUACGCGGUGAAGCACUUCUCUGUGAAAGGAGAUGUAUACAUUUGCUUGACCAGAUUCAUUGGCGACUCCAAGGUCAUGAAGUGGGGUGGCUCCUCCUUCCAGGACAUCCAGAGGAUGCCGUCCCGAGGAUCCAUGGUGUUCCAGCCUCUUCAGAUAAAUAAUUACCAAUAUGCUAUUCUUGGAAGUGAUUACUCCUUUACUCAAGUGUACAACUGGGAUGCAGAGAAAGCCAAAUUUGUGAAGUUUCAGGAAUUAAAUGUUCAGGCACCCAGAUCAUUCACGCACGUGUCCAUCAACAAGCGUAAUUUUCUUUUUGCUUCCAGUUUUAAGGGAAACACGCAGAUUUACAAACAUGUCAUAGUUGACCUAAGCGCAUGAGACACCAAAUUCCAUGGCUGCCAUUGGAAACUUUCUACAGUAUGUGACCUGGAUGAACUCAAUGCAUGUUGACUUUGUUAUCACACCUGCAGAUGAAUGCCUUUCAACAUCGAGACUGCUAGAGCCAAUACUACCAGUAUCACCAUCCUUAACUGUCCAGUCCAGUGGUGUGGGAAGUUCCCUUUUAUAAGACAAAGUUUCAUUCUGUAACUGUUCUUUGCAGUGAAGAUGUGUAAAUAAGCGUUUAAAUGGUAUCUGUUACUCCGAAAAGAAAUAUUCAUAUGUACUUUUCCAUUUAUUUAUUCACAUGUUCAGAAACAACUGCCAAAUAAAAUGUUUACAUUUUCUUUCAUAUCCCAAAGGUAAUUAUUUACAAGAGCUCUUUGAUUCUUGUUGAUUGUAUGUUGGAAAUAGUUUUAUACAAUAAGAUUAUAUUUGGAUCAAGGGUUUAUGGUGUGAAUAUUGAGUAAAGAUUUUAAAAAUGAAAAUAAUUUCCCAUAAUUUAUAAACAUGUUUAUCUGGGUUCUAUAAGUGGAUUUGAACACUCAGAAGUCACGACUUUUAGGGACACUUUGAGGUAAAAAUGAGAGGGAGAGAGUUUGCCUAGGAUGUUAAGACUAACCUGUAAAGGAGAGGAAGACUACCCUGUCCCAUAUGAUAGCCUGGGCUAAAAAUUCCACUCAGCCAUUCUAUAGAAGAAAUUUAAGAUUUAGGACUGAAUAGCCUCUGACCCAGGACUUUCUAAAUGUCUAACUCUAGAGUCACCUGGCAGCUGGUAGAUUGUAACUUUGUGUACAGCACUUGCCUCUCACAUGUGGGCUCUGGAGGCCUCCCUAGAUGGUGGAGGGCAUUUUGCUUCUAGACACUGAAUUUGCUAUAACUGACCUGCCGCACAGUGCCUACAAGGCUCAUGUUUGAUUUUCUAGAUUCCUGCUCUAGAUCACUUGGGUCAUUAAUACCUAGCACAAUGCCUGUUAGGUAUACAGUAGGCUCACUUGCUUUUCAAAGGCUGGAGAUACAGUACUUUCAUGGGAAAGUACUCAUGUGGCAUGUGUGAAGCCCUGAGUCCAAUCCCCAGACCCAAACAGAAAAGCUUUUGAAAAAAUGUGUGUCUCCUCUUAUCAUAAAUUCCACGAGCCCCUCGGACCCACCUACCACUUAUUGGAUACUUGUUAAGAAUGUAGUGUGGUUGAGGGCGACUAAUGCAGGAGGAGGGUGUGACACCUGCCCUCUGUAUUCCUAGAAAAAGCAUGCAAGUGGGCUAAAAAGACAAAAGUAUGGACUAAGCGAUGGAUGUGAAGAAUCAUCUGAAAAUUCUAGAUUUGGAGUGUCAUGGGAACAAGAAGCGUGACUUUGGGGAAGCUAUGCUCUCUGACUUAAAAAGAAAACAUAGUUUCAAAAGGAGGUGUGUGGGGAAGACAUUUCUGGCAUAAACUGGUUGCGUGUGCUGCCUUUAGGAGGGCUUUUGAGCUUGCUUAUGCCCCACUGGGUGGAGGUGGGCAGACAGCAGCUCCUGGUGCCCAGGAGAAGCCUGAUAGACUGAGACAUGGUGGGGUCUCCAUAAGAACCACACAGUCUUCAAAGAAGCCCUGCCCUGGGCCAUCACACGCCAGGGCAGGAGUUCAUUACCCAUAAAGAAAAGGGGAGAAGAAAGCUUAACCACUCAUCCUUCACCAGCCUUGGGUUGCCUCUUCCUUUGUUCUGACGAGCAAUGUUGUAUGUUGCUUUGUACAGUCUGGGUUGAAAGCCAGCUCGCUGCAUACAGGCUUUCCAACAGGCAAGAUACUUCACCCACCUGAGCCCACCUCUUCAUUUGUAAAGAUGCUUCCAAGAGGAAAAUAAGGGUGACAUGAGAAAGCACGUGAGCAACAGAUGAUAUUUUUUAAAUAUACCCCGUGCCCCCACCCCUGUGUUGUGUAAGACCCUACCCCCAAGUUCAUUAAGAGGUAGCAUCUAACUCAAGCUGUCUUUCAUCUGAAUGGUUGGUGACUUGCUUGUCAUUCAUUGAAUAUGGUGAAAGUGAUACAGUUUGGCUCCCAUGCUUGUAAUUCACUGAAUAUGGUGAAAGUGAUAGUUUGGCUUCCAUUCUAGGUCAUAAAAAACCAUGAACUCUUUCUUGCCUUGUAAACUGGGACACUUGCCUGCAGAGCCCGAAACAGCUUUAUAAGAAGUCUUACUCACCAGAGGCCAUUGUUCCGUGUUGAAAACCAGACCCCACGGAGCAAUUACCUCCUGGUGCUUUGAUCAACAGGCCCAGCUGGUGUUACAGCCAACGGCCAGCAUCAACCGCCAGUCCCAUGAAGCCCACAACUCCAGACCCUGCCGUCAAGUUGCUACCAAACAUCAAUUCUUCCCACCAGAAGGGCAGCCAUUAGAGAGCAGCAAGCCAUCCUCGAUAUCCCUGCCCAAAUUCGUGACCUGGACUCUAUGAGCAAAAUAAAGUGGUUGUUUUAAAUGGA